UAUAAUACGUCGAGGUUUUGGAUAACCGUCAUCAGUGCACAUAGAAGAACGCCGAGUGCAACACUUGUUCUUUGAGUACUUACACCUAUAUCUAUACACGAUAUACCUGCUUACGCACAAGCGCGCAUAUACCAUACGAUAUAGCGUCACAGCGAGAAAAGUAUACAUCAACGAUAUUACAUUGCAGACCAUAAUAUGGCCGCUAAGCUGUCAUACUGCCGUGCCGUCGCAGUCUUCGCCUUGGCCACUUGCGUCGUAGUCUCUGCGUCUCCGUUUCAGCUGCACGACGACUCGUCGAUCGCGGGGCACGGGGAGGCUGGGGGUGACAGCUCACACAAGCCCGGGUCGACUUAUCACUUUCAGUACGCGGUGCACGACCCGCUGACCGGCGACGAGAAGAGCCAAAAUGAGGUGGGCGAUGGGCACGGGUCGGUCAAGGGCACUUACAGCCUGGUCGAACCGGACGGCUCUACCCGGGUGGUCGAGUACACGGCCGACGACGAGCACGGUUUUAGGGCCGUGGUGAAGAGGAUCGAACCGGUGCACAGUCAACAGCACGAUCCUUCACCGCCCGCCGCCGACCCGUCGUACAAGUUUGACUUUGCCGCCGAACACGCCUCCGCAGCCCCGCCCCAGGUUGACUACGAACUGCAACAGUCGAUAAACUACAACUACCCGAUGCACGAACACCAAUCCGAACUCCAUGAAGUCUCGUCAUCGCACCGUUAAAGUCUCUCACUAUAAUACUCCGGCGGCAGUUGUUUACCCCGCCAUUUCACAUAUUAUUAUUGUUAUUGUUAUUUCACAUACCACACGACUGCGGUAUAAUAAAUCCGUGAUGAUUUCGCGUAUUAUACCUCUAUUUUAUAUGAUAUACGUCAUAUAAUUAUGGACUUGGACUUGGAAAUACAUAAUAUAUCUCACCUCCCCCACACUUAGUGUGUUUACAUAUAGAUAGCUUAUAAUUACACUACACACUAUAUAAGAGAUAAGACACGGAUAUAAAAUUUAGAUUAAUAUUAGAUUUAUUAUAAGACUCAAAAUCGCCCUGAAAAAUAUCUCAAAUACAUUACAAAAAGUUUGUUAUAAAACUUAUAAGACUCACCACUUCGUUUAUAAGACUCAAUUUGUCCUCAAGGAUCCUUGCAAUUUCGAAAAAAAAUUGUUAGAACAUGUAGAUAGUUUUGGUAAAAUAUCGAAAUAAAUUACAAAUAAGUAAUAUAUUGUAACAGUAAAAUAGGAAAAUAAAGCUGAUAAUUAAUUUUAAAUGAUUUUCUGGUUUUUUCACCACUUUGCCUUUAAGGUUCAUUCGGUUGUAACUUAAAGUUUAUAAUACUCUUUUUGUACCAAAGUGUGUUUUAUAUAGGCGGUAUCCACUUUAAUAAUAUCUAUACCGUACAAUAGAUAUUUGUAUGUGUUCAAAUAUGUUGGAACAAUAUAUAACAUGUAUAUUUAGUUCAAAAAUGUAUGGCGGAAAUUAUUUUCCACUUGGUGUCAAAUGUCUAUUUAAAAUAACUGGUAUACAGAGCGUACAAAAAAGAAGAUCACGGGCACACCACAACCAUCCCCCCAUAGUAAAUAUUACUGUAAGUCACGAAUACUACGGCCAUCUGGCCUUAUUUUGUAAACAAUUAUUGUUGUUAUUAUUUUUAUACUCGCACAGCAUUGCACAACAAGUUAUAAAUGUUUUUAAUAUAUAUAACACGAACCUAUAUAAUACUAUUAUAAUUUCAACGAGAAUGGAUUGGUUUUUUGUGAUUUCUUUCAACGAAUAUGAAAACAUUAAUAGCAAUGGUCAUUUUAUUGUAAAGAUAAAAUAUGUAUAGACCUUUUGUGUUUAAGAAUUAUUUUUACUUCUUAUUGUCUCCUGCAAGUCUUUUAAAAAUACAAACUAUAAAUGUGCUAGUCAUAUAGCAUGGAGGUGCUCAAGAUUCAAUAUUGGCUUUAGAACAUCUGAAUAUGCUAGAUCCCUUUAAUAAAUGGUGUUUUCAAUUUUCAUUCCUCUUUUCUUGGACCAGAAGUCCUAUGAUUGGCCAAUACCUUUGUAGUGUAUGUUUUUCUUAUAUGAAGGUUGUUUUCACUCUUGCGAAUAGGUAUGCAUUAUUUAGUCAAAACGUAAGAAGAGCACUAUUCAGUACAUUGUGUGGUCUUCCUAGAAAUGCAAAAGUAGUUCAGAAUUCUAUAAGAAACAACUUUUUAAUAAAAUACUUGAAUGUGUGAAUUGCGAAUCGUGGAUUUCUAAACCAGAAAUGCUAAUGUAAUAGAUAUUAGUUAGUCUCCAAUUCUUUGGUCAACUAUCUAUACCUAACCUAACAGAACAACAUAUUUUAUGAUCUUACCGAGGUGAAAUUUUUGGUGACAUUAUAAUCAUAAUUCGUAUUCUAAAUAAGUAAUUAAAUUCUCGAGUCAGUUACACAUCACUCCAAAAUGUUACUUGAAGUGCAUGUAAAAUGAAGGGGAUUGUUGUCUGCUUCAAAGUGAUAUUUGGCACAUGAAACUUACAUAAUAUAUUAUACUCGUAACUAACGUUAGCUCACUAUUGAUCUCACAUGGCCUCAGUAUCGUAUAGAUGAACGACGAUUAUUUAAGGAUUCAUGGAGGAUAAGUUAUUGUUUAUUCAUAAAUUACUUAAUAAUAAUGUAGAUUUUCCGAAAACUCCAUUAAUUUUAAUGUCCUUUUCUACUAUAUUCGAAAGCAACCUACUUUCCAUAUGGAUUUCAAUCACCAAAACUAAAUGAACUGAGAUUAAAAGAAAUGACAAAUCAGCUAAUGAAUGAGUCUAAAUG